GAACAAAAUUACAUCAUAAAUCAAAACCAGAUUCAUAAAGAUAGAAAAGGUCCCACAGAAUGAAAACGUCACUGUGGUUUCCCUCUGAGAGUUUCCCUUUUGUACGAAGACAACUUUAUCUUAGUCAUUGUUCUUUGGAAGAGGGGAAAGGCAGCAUAUCCAGCAUAUCGCUUCUCUUUCAUACAGUUCUACCCUUACAACAUGAGGCUGCCUAUCUUAUUUGGCAUCAGUUUGUUGAUGGCGGACGUCGGCUACUGUCAGCAUCCGUGCCUUUACUCUCCGUAUUGCAACAGAAUUCCGGUACCAGGGCCACCCGGACCCCCAGGUCCACAAGGACUGACUGGAUUUCCUGGACACGAUGGACUACCUGGACCACAAGGCCAACCUGGAGCAAGAGGACCAGCUGGUCCAAUAGGGCCUCAAGGACCAGCAGGAAAACAAGGAGAACCUGGACAAUCUCUCCCAGGGCCAGAGGGAAAACCUGGCAGCCAAGGGCCACGUGGAUUACAAGGUCCAGCAGGACCAUCAGGACGACCAGGAGCAUCUGGACCUCAGGGACCUCAAGGGAGACCUGGAAAAGAUGGACCGAGAGGACCGGCAGGGCCACCAGGAGCACCUGGAAUAUCUGUAAUAGGACCACCGGGACGGGUUGGGCCCCCAGGACUGCAAGGACCACCCGGAAUAACAGGCCCAGCUGGUCCACAAGGACCACCUGGAGAGCCAGGGGUUAGCUGUAGCUGUCCUGACAUCAAGGCCAUACAGGAUCGCCUGAUCAAGCUUGAGCUGGCUAUAAACUACAGCUUCGUCCGAAAGGUUGGUCAGAAAUAUUUUGUGUCCAACGAGGAGAGGCGGUCGUUCGAGAAAGCAGUGGGUUUCUGCUCACAACAAGGAUUAAAUUUGGCUCUACCAGAGAACGAAGAGGAAAACAAUGUACUGACUGAGGUGUUUGGGGAUGUAUACAAAGAAGUCUGGAUUGCUGUCAAAAAGGAAAAAGCGCCUGGAAAUUUUACUCUUGAUGUCAACAACCAACCUCUGACCUUUACCAAAUGGGAAGCAGGGCAGCCAGAUGCAUCCAUCAAGGAUACAGGUUGCACUGUGGUGUCAGAGAAGAGCCUCUGGAAAGUGAAUAAGGAAUGUUACCUGAAUGCUUUUAUUGUUUGUCAGAUCUAAAUGGUUGUGUUAUUUUUUAGUUGUGGUAGAAACAGAAAAUGUUAAACAAUCUGUCUAAUAAAUAUUGAUUGAUUAAUUGAUAUAGUUAAUGUCGUCAAAUAAA